AUGAUGUUCACCGUUCUACCUCAAAUAAAAACAGAUUCCAUUCAAGGACGACUUAUGACAAACGAAUCUCAGUUACAAUUUUGUGCGUCACAAAAAAUGAUUGAUGAUUGUUCAUCGAGAUCACAAUGUGGAUCUAUGGAUCCCUAUCUAUUUUUAUUCAUUGAUGAAAUUGCACCGUGUUCCAGUCAUCGCCUCAUUGGAUGGAUGUGGUUGAUAGCGUGUACGAGCGAAUUAUGCGCAUUUUUCUUCUCCGGAUAUAUUCUAAAUAAAGUGGGCACUGAUCUAGCCUCGAUCAUUAUUCUUCUUGCCUAUUCGGCAAGAUUUGCCAGUUACUAUUUGAUUCGUCAUCCAAAUAAUUAUUUACCCAUAGAAACAUUUCAUUUUUUCACAUUUGGAAUAAGAUGCGUUCUUGUAGCAAAAAGAGCCCACGACAUUGCUCCUCAUGGUUUGGCGGGUACUCUACAAGGAAUUGCAUCAGGAUUAUUAGGAUUAGGUCGUGCUACUGGAUUAUUAAUAUGUGCAUUCAUUUACACAUCAAUACGUCCACUGCGGCUGUUAAGAGCCACGAGAGAAGCAACAUCAGAAAUUAAUGAUUUACAGUUAGAACAAAAGCAAACAUCAUUACAACCAAAUGAACCAUUAAUGAAUGAAUAA